ACGAAUUAUUUUCCUUGGUUAACAACAGUUGUAGUUUUUCCAAUAUUUGCGGGUUUAUUACUUUUCUUUUUCCCUCAUAGAGGAAAUAAAGUAAUGAGAUGGUAUACUAUAUGUAUCUGUGUACUCGAGCUGCUUCUAACAACCUAUGCGUUUUGUUAUCAUUUCGAAUUAGACGAUCCAUUAAUCCAAUUGAUGGAGGAUUAUAAAUGGAUCCCUUUUUUGGAUUUUUACUGGGAGAUUGGAAUCGAUGGACUUUCCAUAGGACCCAUUUUACUGACGGGGUUUAUCACCACUUUAGCUACUUUAGCGGCUUGGCCAGUUACUCGAGAUUCCCGAUUAUUCUAUUUUCUAAUGUUAGCAAUGUAUAGCGGUCAAAUAGGAUCAUUUUCUGCUCGAGACCUCUUACUAUUUUUUAUCAUGUGGGAGUUCGAAUUAAUUCCCGUUUAUCUACUUCUAUCGAUGUGGGGCGGAAAGAAACGGUUGUAUUCAGCUACAAAGUUUAUUUUGUACACUGCGGGAGGUUCCAUUUUUUUGUUAAUGGGAGUUCUGGGUAUCGGUUUAUAUGGUUCUAAUGAACCAACUUUAAAUUUUGAAACAUCAGCUAAUCAAUCGUAUCCUAUAGCACUGGAAAUACUAUUCUAUAUCGGAUUUCUUAUUGCUUUUGCUGUCAAAUCACCGAUUAUACCCUUACAUACAUGGUUACCAGAUACCCACGGAGAGGCACAUUACAGUACUUGUAUGCUUCUAUCCGGAAUCUUAUUAGAAAUGGGAGCAUAUGGAUUGGUUCGGAUCAAUAUGGAAUUAUUACCCCACGCCCAUUCUAUCUUUUCACCCUGGUUGAUCAUAGUAGGCAUAAUUCAAAUAAUCUAUGCAGCUUCAACAUCUUCGGGUCAACGCAAUUUAAAAAAAAGAAUAGCUUAUUCCUCCGUCUCUCAUAUGGGUUUCAUAAUUAUAGGAAUUGGUUCUAUAAGCGAUACGGGACUGAAUGGAGCUAUUUUACAAAUAAUCUCUCAUGGAUUUAUUGGCGCUGCGCUUUUUUUCUUAGCGGGAACAAGUUAUGAUAGAAUACGUCUGGUUUAUCUUGAUGAAAUGGGAGGACUGGCUAUCCCAAUUCCAAAAAUAUUUACGACUUUCAAUAUCUUAUCGAUGGCUUCCCUUGCAUUGCCCGGUAUGAGCGGUUUUGUUGCAGAAUUAAUAGUCUUUUUUGGAAUAAUUACCAGCCAAAAAUAUCUUUUAAUGACAAAAAUGGUAAUUACUUUGGUAAUGGCAAUUGGAAUUAUAUUAACUCCCAUUUAUUUAUUAUCUAUGUUACGCCAGAUGUUCUAUGGAUAUAAGCUUUUUAAUGCUAAAAAUUCUUAUUUUUUUGAUUCGGGACCACGAGAAUUGUUUGUUGCGAUCUCUAUCCUUAUACCUGUCAUAGGUAUUGGUAUUUAUCCAGAUUUUGUUUUCUCAUUAUCAGUUGACAAGGUCGAAGCUAUUUUAUCUAAUUAUUUUGCUAGAUAG